GUAGAACCAUGUGUGCUGAUGUAACAUUUCACCAUUUUCAAUUAUCACAAUUCAGUAUUAUUGUGUUUAGCAUGCUAUCAAUAGACUCACUUGGGUAAAACUAAACAUGAAAAGGUUAUGAGAACUGACAGAGGAAAAUUCGAGAUAUCUUCCAAAUGUGGAAAGCAGGCAGACAAGUCAGUUCUGGAUACUCAUGACGCACUUGAGAAAUUUUCAUUUCUACCUAAGUCUGACACUUACACUGGUUAACAGGGUUUUAUUCCUCAGCCUUCAAAAGAAGCAAUGGAAACAAGCAAUGGAAGUUCCAGGACAGAUUUCAUCCUUCUGGGGUUUUCUGACCAACCACAGUUAGAACGCAUCAUCUCUGCAGUUGUCUUCAUCUUCUAUGUCGUGACUUUGGUAGGAAACACAACCAUCAUCCUUGUGUCUUAUCUGGAUGCCCAGCUCCAUACUCCCAUGUAUUUCUUCUUAUCCAAUCUGUCUUUUGUGGACCUCUGUUAUACAACUAGCAUUAUCCCCCAGAUGCUGGUAAAUCUAUGGGGUCCAAAGAAAUCUAUUACAUAUGGAGGGUGUGUGCUCCAGUUCUUCUUUGCCCUUGUCUUUGCAGCCACAGAAUGUCUUCUCUUGACUGUGAUGGCCUAUGACCGCUAUGCUGCUGUCUGUCAACCUCUUCACUACACAGUAAUCAUGCACACUCAGCUAUGCCACAGGAUGGUGCUGACUGCCUGGAUGGGUGGUCUUGGCAGUGCCUUAAUUGUUUGUUCCCUGACUUUGAAGUUGCCAAGAUGUGGGCACAGGAAAGUGGAUAAUUUUCUCUGUGAGAUGCCAGCCUUGAUCAAGAUGGCUUGUGUUUAUUCAAAAGUAAUUGAGAUUGUUGUCUUUGUUUUUGGCACAGUACUUCUUCUAGUACCUCUAUCACUAAUUCUCAUCUCCUAUGGAGUCAUCACUCACGUUGUAAUAAGAAUCAGGUCAACCUCAAGGUGGCAAAAGAUCCUCAAUACAUGUGGUUCCCACCUCACAGUCGUAACUCUCUUUUAUGGACCAGCUAUUUAUAUGUACCUGAAGCCACAGCAUAUCACAUAUCAAAAUGAAGGGAAAUUCCUUGCUCUUUUUUACACAAUUGUCACUCCCAGCUUAAACCCUCUGAUCUACACUUUAAGAAACAAAGAUGUUAAAAGUGCAGUAAAGAGACAAUUGGGGAUUGCAAACUGUUAA